AGCACGAUAGAUUUUCACCAACUAACUCAACAAAAACCUUGACGUGUUACUGGAAUAGACAAGAGUUCAAGAGGAGCAAGACAACUUGUUACUCAUCGUGGAUCAGGCAUGUGGAUUUUGGCAAGGAUUCCAGUCUGACUAAGUUAUGCAGGUGCAAACAGCCUUCGAUAUGAGUAGAUUUCUGUUUGAUACCUUUGAGACGCAUUUGAUAGAGGCUUGAUUACAUUGGCCUGUUUACCAGAUUCCUUUGCCAAGAGGUUGUUGAUGUAACUGAUCGCUUGCUUUAGUUUGGACGAGGAGAAUACUUAUGAUGCAGUUAGUCAACUGUUUGAAGGAUCUCUGUGUGGAAUAAGGCAGUUCAAGGAAUUGCAUUGUGAAGAGGAUUUCUUUCACGAGUAGUGGAAAUUGUUACACCAAGACUUGUUGAUGCAAAGUCAUCUAGUGACCACUUCUGAUUCUACAUCAUCUAACUCUACCAGCAUGUGAGAAAACUCACUUCUCAUAUCCAUCAUUUUGCAGCAUCGGUGUACCAAAUGGUUGCUUCUGCUUGGGAUGUAUGUACAGUGCAGGCAUUUGAUGUUUAAGCAGGACUACAGUGGAAAAUACUCAGAUUUCAUUGUAGCUGAUCAGUGAUUAGGAAUUAGCACAGGAUGUGACUGAAUAUCUUCACUAUCUUUUGGCUGCCUCAGAUUUUCCUUGACUGGUAGUUUCUCAGAAGUUCGAGUGAAACUUGAAACCCAAUGUUUUAUUGAGCUGUUUGUGACUCUUGAGCUGGAUUGUGCCUCAAAGAGCAUAGCAUUGUGGACUUGUUCACCCAAUUUUCUGCGCCCACCAUUCAAUCCAAUUUGUUCAACUCGAGAAGGUGUGUCAAGUCCAUUUCCAUUAAAUCAUGCAUCCCAGAUGACAUUUUCAAACAGCGGAUUUUAAGCGAUGCUUUCAACUAAUUUAAAACCUCUUCCCUUGAUGCAGUCAUAAAGAACACAACUGGAAAAUAGGUGGAGGAAUACUGAGUGCAGUUUCACUGACUUUGUCGAAGAAAUUUUAGAACUGGCAUGAAAUUGUUGACUGAGAAUCCUACUCAAUUUGGAUGACACAUUUGUUUUUCUCAAAAGGAACAACUUUUUACGUGUUAGUUUGAAAGCGAUGACAGUGCUUUCGAUCAAAACUUUGGUGUCUUUUUGGAGACAGGUUUCUCGAGGUGUGAGAGAUGUUGGGAAUGGAGUGAUUCAUUUUGGAAAAUAUAAUUCGAAUAAAUAAAUGGAAUAGAAGAAUUUAAGAGCUUGAAUUAUUCUUCAGGCUUUUAGAUGUUUGAAUUUGUGACUAAAACUUUUCGAUUUGCAUGACUGAUGAGACAUGACUAUCUAGGCUGAACGAUAUUCUAGAAUGGGUGUUUUCAAUAAAGGGUAUGUGAAUCCAGUGAGGCCUCAAUUGGAUCUCCAUCUCCUGGCUCAGUAUCUAUUUGCCUACAGCAAGGAGAAGACUAGUGAAUACUUGAAAGAGAUCUCACGAGAUGGCAGUAUUAAGUCCCUGAAUCGACGCUCACAACCUCCAAUACUCAACAGUCACAUCGAUUCAUCAUCCGCGGCAGGUCCGCAUGAUGAUGACUCAUUACUCCACCCGGAGGUUGGAUCCUGCAGUUCUCCUGUCUUCCUUGGCCAUAGGAGUAAGUCUGAAGGUAAACUGGUCAGUUUGGAUCAGACAAACAAAAGCCCACAGACUCCUGAUGCUUCCGGAACACCCCCGCCGGCACCCACCAAACUUUCAAAACGAGAAUCGCUCAAGGUACAAAAGAAGCAUUACCGUCGAGAGAAGAAGCGGGCCGCCAAGGAACUAUUGUGUACGUUGAAGGAUCCGUCAGUCAUCGUCCUUGCUGAUUGGUUGAAGGUCCGUGGCACACUUAAAGGAUGGACCAAGUUAUGGUGUGUCCUGAAACCAGGCCUCCUCGUCCUCUACAAGAGCCACAAACAAAAGAGCAGUCACUGGGUAGGGACGAUCUUACUCAACACGUGUGAGCUGAUCGAGCGACCGAGCAAAAAGGAUGGUUUCUGUUUCAAGCUGUUCCACCCCCUGGAUCAGUCCAUUUGGGCCACAAAGCUUAACUUUCAGGGUCCGAAGGGAGAGACGAUGGGAGCGUGGACACAACCACUGCCAUAUUCCUACCUGAUAUUCCGGGCGCUGUCCGAGGCUGCGGGCAAGUGUUGGAUGGAUGCGUUAGAGCUGGCGUUACGUUGCUCAAGCCUCUUGAUGCGCUCCAUGACCAAAGAUAAAGAGGAUAAGGACGUCCCCGGCACACCCACACCGAGUGAGACUUUUGUGAACGAUUCCUUUCUGACGGCAUCGUUUAACAUCAGCCGGCAAGAUCAAAUGAAUGAAUCAGAUUGUGAGAGGCAUUUCAAGGAUUGUGUUGGUGAGGACUAUCGGACAGAUCGUGAGGAGAAUAAGAGUGAGAAGUCUGACAGUGACUCUGAUCAGUCGGAUGAGGAGGAGGAGAAGUUAUAUGAUGAGAACCUUCAACCAGUCGAGACUGAUUACAUCGAGAACAUCGAGAGUCUAGACGAUUUAGGCCAGCAAGGAGAUGCUUACCAGACAGAGGAGGUGGCCGAUGAAAAUAAAAGUUUGAUAUGGACUCUAGUCAAACAGGUUCGUCCUGGGAUGGACCUAUCAAAAGUGGUGCUGCCUACGUUCAUUCUGGAACCUCGCUCAUUCCUCGAUAAACUGUCAGACAACUAUUACCAUUCAGACUUCUUAUCAGAAGCCGUUCUCCAAGAAAAUCCUUUUCUGCGAAUGAAGAUGGUCGCCCGCUGGUAUUUGUCAGGAUUUUACAAGAAGCCUAAAGGAUUGAAGAAACCUUAUAACCCGAUCUUAGGGGAAACGUUUCGGUGUUACUGGAAGAAUCCCAAGACGGGAAGUCGCACAUUUUAUGUGGCUGAACAGAUCUCGCACCACCCGCCAGUCUCAGCAUUCUACGUGACAAACAGACAAGAUGGCUUCCAGAUCGCCGGCAGUAUAUUAGCCAAGUCGAAAUUUUAUGGGAAUUCUCUCUCAGCCAUCUUGGAUGGUGCUGCACGGCUGACAUUCCUGAAGCGAGGUGAAGACUACAACAUCACCAUGCCGUACGCACAUUGUAAGGGCAUCCUGAUCGGCACGCUCACCAUGGAGUAUGGAGGCAAGGUGAUGCUGGAUUGUGAGAAGACAGGCUAUCGGUGCGAGAUGGAGUUUAAACUCAGGCCAUUUCUCGGCAGUGGUGAAGCCAGCAACAAGAUCACUGGCAAGAUCAAACUCGGCACAGAGACGUUAGCAACACUUGAUGGUCGCUGGGACUCUGAGGUUUACAUCAAGGACAGAGCCACUGGGGACACCUCGUUAUUCUGGAACCCAACCCAGGAGGUGAAACAGAACCGUCUGAAACGUUACACAGUGCCGCUCGAGAACCAGGGUGACUUUGAAUCAGAGCAUCUGUGGAUGCACGUGUCUGAAGCCAUCGCCAAGGGUGACCAGGAGGAUGCCACUCAUGAGAAGUUCCUGCUCGAGGAGGCACAGAGGAACGGCAUGAAGGAACGCAAGGCCAAGAUGAUGGAGUGGAACCCCAAGUUCUUUGAGCGCGAUAUGGUGACUGGCGAUUGGAUCUAUAAGUUCACUGACUCGCGACCUUGGGAUCCGAUCAACGAUUUACUCCAAUACGAAUGUGAUUACGUCAUCCAGACUAAAACACGCCACAAAACACCAAUCAUCCGUGCAACGUCAAUCCUGAGUGUGGAAGAGAGUGCACUCUCAAAGAUUUCCCACAAGGCCAAGAAGAGCCAAUCCCUAGAGCGUGUACGAGCGGCUGCUCGUAUGAAACAGAAAAACUUAUCAAAGCAUUUAUGUGAAGUGGGACCAGAGAGUGGCAGCUCUACGCCGGACCCUGAGGUGUUCAACCUCGGUGAGUCGGACAGUUCAGACUUCUGUGCAGAUGAUCGCCAAGAUGCAAUGCGGAACUGUCGAGCGGUCACCGUUGACAAUAUCGACAAACUAAUUCAACCGAUCAUCAAACUCCAACAGAAGAACUGUGAAAAACUCUCGUGUCUACAAGGCCAGUUUCUAAAUAUGCAGCGCCAGCAAGUUUCCUCGCAAGAAAAUGCCGGCUACAUUCAGACGAAGGACUGGCUGUUACUGGCCGUAUUUCUAGUGUUUCAGACCGUUUUAUCAUGGAUAUUUAGAUAAAGGUUAUAAAGGAAUACAGGAUUGAGCAGGAACCGUUGGACGUAUUCAGUACUUAAAGCAGGAAAAGGUGACGACUGAGAUGGAGACGUUUGUAUUGUUGAAUGUUUGCUUUGUGAUUAAUUGAAUCAGAGAAACCUGGUGCGUGAAGAGAGUGGUGAUACUUUUAAAGAAAGGUCUUGACCCUUUGAUACAAUCUUUCUCAUUCUAUUCCAAAUAUUGGAUAUUUGUGCAGACGUUCUCUGUAGGCUGUUGAUGUGAGGCUGUGUUUAUAAAUGAGGCUGGUCGCUGGGGAUGAAGUACAGAUGAUGUUGAGACUGUCAACCACACGAGACUUGGUAAUAUUGUCUGAGUCAGAUGCUGCUAAUCCUCAUGCAGUUCACCUCCCAACAACAACUCAAUGUGAAAAGCUUCUCAAGCCUUAAUGUCUAAAAAAGUUCAUAAAGUUUUUAAAAAUGUGUAUUUGCACAAACUAUCAGUUCAGAAUUGUCAGAAUUGCACAAAGUGUCUGUUCAAAGUAUAAAGUUACACAUGAUCAGUUACACACGCUCUAUUCACUAAUGAUAAGAGAGCCACAUCGAUGGUGACGUCUGGUGGAAGAGUGGUCUCCACCAGAUGUCACCAUCAAUGUGGCCACAGGCGACAUCAGCUCUGUUGUGACACUUGUGUCCUUCGCGCCAUCAAUCUGCCAUUGUGUCUUGAAGGACAUCCAUAAUGGACAAAUAAUUGAACUGAAUUCUUAUCUUUGUGGUCAUUGUUCAGUAUUAGAAUCUGCAUUGCUCACUUAUGAUUUGAUGUUACUUACGUUCAAGUUGCGCAAGGAUUGGCUGAAAUCCUGGUCUGAGAAGAACACUUUGGGUAUAUUGAAAGAGGAGUGAAUUGACAUAAUGUUGGGCCAGCACUUGUGAUAAUUAGAGAGAUGUGCGGCACAAGAUAAACAUCCAAAGACGUCUACAAACACUUUAUAGAAUGUUUGUCUAUAUUUCUGUUACAUCCCAGAGCUGCCCUCUAUGAAGGCACCCAGCAUUACCUCAAGACAGUCCUCCUUUAAGGCUUUAAUGUACUAAGAGAACAGUUGCAGACCUCUGUGAGGUGGUGUUUAUUUAUUGUGCCUCUCUGUCUUUCUUGACAAGUGGCGAGAAUGAACUGUUGUCGAUGGUUGCCUUUAAUCUGUUCUGCUUGGCACCUGUGGCCAAUUGGUGUCUGCUCUGCUUGGCACCUGUGUGGCCGUGGUAUCUAGGCCACAUAUUCCUCUCUAAAAGCUGUCCGAAGUGAAAUGUGUAAAAAGUCGUUGAGCCUUACGAGGAGUUGGUGUGGGAGUUGGCUGCUGCCACAUGAACAUAGAAUAUUCUGCCAUCCAAAUCCCAUCUCUGAUCCCUCAGGUUACAGCUAUUGACACCUAUAAUGCCAUGUGGGGUGGCCAUGACAAGUCAACAGCAAUUCUGUGAUAUCAAUAUGAUAAAUUGUCAAGGUGUCCCCUUCUAAAACCUACUGGUACCCCCGCCUGAUCCUCACACCACCUCACCAAUGAUUUGAUUGGCAACCAGUGUAAUCUUCUCUGUCUCAGUAAUUUAUGUGUUAUAUUUGACCAGAUCUGGUGGAAUGAGCCACAGUCCCUCAGGUUUAUACAAUGUUCAUUUUGGCCUGCUGUACACAAUGAGGUUUUUCGUGUGCAUUUGAUUUCUGCCAAUGCACUGCCCAACACUACAGAAAGAGCAUUGAAAUCAACUGUUAUGCAAUCAACAAACACGAUCUUCAGUCUAGUGCCUCUGGACAAUAACCAACUUAUAUCUUUGUGAACAUUUCCCGGCUCACCGUAGAUGUGAGACGUCGCUGUGACUGAUUUCACCAGAUCGUUUCCCUCAUGAUUGUUACGUGUUCUUCAAAGUUUAAAGGUAGAACGGUGCUGUAGAAUGCUUGUUUUCAGUGAAAAUGAAUUAGAAUGUGAAUGGAAUCAGUUGCUCAGUACUUAAAGAAGAAUUCUGUUUUUGGUACAAAUUUGUGAUUCGUUACUCGAAACUUGACUUUGAAUUCUUUUAGCUCAAUUUCUGUGAAAUCACACGUCUCGAGAAAACAAUAUUGUGAAGUUGAUAGUUGGGUUGAGACUGCUUAACAAAAGCACCUUUGGUAGUGUAUGAGCAUCCCAAUAGGCGGCACUGAUUUUCAUUAGGGUAUGUGUCAAAAUGAGUUUUUGCUGUCAAUAUUUCUAAUGAAUCAUUUGCCAUAGACUUUGCCUUACUUUUGUAGAUAACUUGCCGAGUCCGUCUUUCGAGAACAUUCUCUGCUGUAAGAUAUGUCAUUGCCUUAUGUGGAUAUCCUCGUGGAUUUUAUAGUUAGACCGCCUUACAGCAGGCUGCAUUCUGGCUGUUUAUUACAGGAGGGCAAGAGACAGGAGCUAGGGGGUUCAGCUGGCGGUCUUUAGGUGACCCAUGCACAGUUAGUAUUCUUCUUUCAAGGGCAAAUAGUACCAAUGUACUGUGAGAUAGUAGAGACACCUAUUGGUAACUUGGUGAAACUGACCCACCUGGCUCCUGUCUAUAGUCUCCCUUUAAGUUAUGAACCGGCUUUUUCCGAUGACAUUUUACCCGUAGAUUUCUAAUACAUACAUUCGAGUUUUCUUAAAUUGUCGCGUCCAAGUUUGAAUGGACUGACUACUUUCUAGAUGAUUUUGUUUAUAGAUUUAUAUGAAUUUGAAUUUGAAAUCCGUCUUUUAGCGAUGUUGUUUUCUAUCUGUUUCGAUUCAAUAGAUUUGAAUCUUUAUUCUUGCCAUGAUUGUAACAUUACUCAGUCUUUGAUUGAACCCUUAUUCAUGGUGUCAAAAAUGAUCUUUCCUGUCUUUCCUCUGUAUGACCCUUGCCUUACCUAUUGCUCUAUUCUAUUGGCUUCCACCCCUUUUUCGCUAUUUAUAACUGCUCUAAUCUUUUCACCCCUAGUUUCUUGAAUGGACUUGCUUAAGGUCAGGGUUACAUAGUAUUCAUACAUUCAUGUUUUCACUUGUAAUCAAUCACUUCAAGAACAAACAAGUCAUUUCCAAAGAGAGGCAUAUCUAGGAUUCACUAUGUAGUAGCUAUUCACCCUCGGGGCAAGUCAUGUUGAUGAAGAAACAUGCUCGUGACAAGUGAAGGGUGACAUGUGACAUGUGAAUUAUGACAAAUGGCAACAUGAAUCUUAUGUAAACCAGAAUCCUAUGUAACCCUGAAUCUUAUGUAAACAUGGCCUAACAUGUAUCUGAUAGUCUAAUGCAUGUGUAAGAGUCUAGACAUCAAGAGGAGGGGUGAAUAGUUCAAGUUGUAAGCGUGGUUCUUUAAUUAUUCAGUUGUUUCGGUUCUGUGGAUUGUUUAUUUCGGUGGGUGGAAGCCAUGUUUCGCAUUCAGGGCAAUGGGUAUAUUUAUUGUGAAAAGAAGAGCAAUUCUGGCAUAUGAGAUGUGUUGAUUUGGAUCAAAUGAAAACAAGUAUGUUGAAGACCUAUAGGCCAGAAUAACGAUGAUCAUUAUUUUUGAGCGAGUUGAUCAAAAGGUAGCCUUUCCCGUCUGAAAUUCAGAGUUUUUCUGUCAGCUGAUCUUUUCUUUCUCCAAAACCAAAUAUGUUGCUCAUUGUAGAUUACUUAGAAUACUUAAUGUUUGCACAUUCACUUAUAUGACAUUAUAAGGGCAAGUUGAGUCAUUUGUUCAUAGAGUUUAUUCAAGAUUUCAUAAAUGUUGUUAGAUUUCUUUGCAUUCACUUUUGAAUUGAAGCUUUACAAAUAUUGUAAAACCAUUAUUGAUAUCAGUAUAAGAUGAGUACGAUUUUGCUGCAAAUAACAUGAAGAGAAAUAUGAUAAGACACUUUGCCAAUACCUACUUGUACCCCUAGAUGUUUCUACCCUGUAGUUAGUCUCUUGGUGACAGACUCAUUAUGAACCGUUUAAGGUUUGACCUUGAGAUCUAUUGUUGGUUUCAGUUCCUAUAGUAUACAGUUCAUAACUUAAGAUUUUUAUUGUCGUUUUAAGUUUUAAAGGUAUUCCUACGUAUUCUGUUAAACCUAAAGGAAGGGUGUGUGGAGAUGUGCCGGGACGCCAUAUAUGAUAGUUACAGAGUUUCUGUGGGGACCAGAGUUAUUAAGUACAGUGCCGAUCACAACUGACACCCCUGAAUCCGCAGUUGUAUCGUCCCAAUAUCAUCUUGAUUCACUCUUCCUUUAACAAUUCUAGUUGUACACUUUAUAGAUGUAGAAUUUGUAGUUUUUUUAUUCAGAAUUUUAUGAAAUGUGGUGCAUGGUGGGACACUGUGUUUCCGUUUUCAAGGUCUGAGGUAAAUUUAUGAAGGUUGAGAUAUUUAUUCAUAUAUGAUAUGAUUCGAUAACUUAUACAGGGUGACCCAAGUUAGAAUCAUUUUGUUUGGCAACCCUUGUUUGGCUUGUGUUUCAAUCCCGUAACUUGUUGCCUGAUGAAGGUAAUGUUCACUAUGGAGAAUCUAAGUAUGAUAUUGGACGACAUUGAGUCUCAUUCUCUGUCUUACUUUCUUGUAUUUACUUAAGUGCAAUAAUAUUGUUAUGAUAAUCCCCUUGUGGCAUAUCUGGAGGUGUCUUGGAGACAGGCCCGGCACUAAUGAAACAAACAAACAAAGUUCCUUAUAGUGAGCCUUUUUGGAUGAACAUUUAAUAAUCUGUUUGUGUACAUAUUUGGAUGUCUACCUGCAUCACCCUCUACACUGGUACUCUGUGCGGUGAUUGUUAAAUGCGCUGGCCCAGUAUAACCCAUUAACAGCUGCCUGAGAACCUCAGGAACAUGAAAAGAGGUCACUCAGUCAAAAUGUACUUAACAGACUUACAUACAAAUUUACAAACUACAAAAACAAUAAUCAGCCUGAACUGUGCUUGUGUGUGUUGUGUGUUGAGGACUAACUUUACAUAAUGUGGCUCAAUGUGGCAAUUGGCUGGCUUUUUCACAUCUACACAUGUUGGAUUUCUUACCCAUGAAAAGCUUAACAAAUUUGAAUUGAAUGUUUAUUUUGACGGUUCAGUUAUCAUAUGUGGUCAUUCUUGUCACUUUUACAUAAAGCAGUAUUGAGCUUAGCCUAGUCUUGGUAAGGAGUUCACGUUAACAUGAAGCCACCAAGAUCUGUCGUUAGCAGCAGUGAUCUGUCGUAACAGUAUGCUACCACUACACUGGGAUAAUAUAAGGUGCUCGUAAGGAUGUCACAUCACCUAUCAGUGUUCCUCUCUAGUCAGUGUUCCUCACAAGGAAGAUCACUUACAGUGUUCCUAACAAACUUUCACUAAAUUUCACUCACUGGUGUGAUAUCAGUCAUUUUGCUUAACUAACGAGACUUGAUUUGUGGCACUCUUCAAAAUCACUGAUGUAUUAUGUGUCCUCAGUGCUAAAUGUCAACUGAUGGCCAAAACUAAAGGCCUUAAAAUGUCUAUUGUAAUGUGUGCGGCUUUGUAAAUGCAUUUGAAUGGAAACGACUUAAAAAGUAUCUCUCAGUUCAAGUGGGACCAGAGGCUGACGUCAUUGGGUCAUCUUUAUAAGCUGUGAUGAGGGACAUGUGACCUUAUCACGCAUCGGAGAGUAGACUGGUCACUUAUCUUCUCUUUUUGCUCGAAGACAGAGAACCAGCCUAUUCACUGAUGAGCUUUGAACCCUGAUUUCUUUGAUACUGUGUCAGCAUGUUUAAGCCAGUUGAGAGGCAAAUGUACUUGUUUUACAAACACACCUCAGCCGGCUUGAACACAUUCACACAGUAUGUUUACAAUACCACAGAAGAUGCAUUGUCAACUCCUUUGUUGCAUGAAGUGUUUGCAGUAACAUACAGCUAAGCAUUAUCUCCUGCAAGUAAUAAGAACUUGACAAGUACUGUGUUGAUGAGUUUCAGUGGUCAAGAGGCAUCUUUACUACAUUGGACAAUUACAGGUUAAACACGCCUGCAGUAGAGACUCGUCAACACAGUAUUCGUCUCGUCUUUAGAUUCAGCAUCAAAGUCUGCCUCUCUUCCCACUAGAGCUUUCACAAGUCUAUUAGAAUGAAUGUUGUGCAAUAUUCUCUCCUUGUCCUGUCUCAUGAGGCCAGAACUGGCAUUUAUACAGCAAAUUGUUGUACAGUUAUCAGAUGUAUAGCAAUAAAGUUAUGCUGAUGUUUA